AUGUGGGCCCACUUCACUCCAAGGUUACUCCAGGGUUACUCAGACUUUACUCCAAGGCAGCUCUGUGGCCACACCUGCCCUACUCCAGCCUUACUCCAGGACUACUCAGCCUCUUCUCUGCUCCUGCUCUCGGUUACUCCGAAGUUACUCCAAGGUUGUUACUCGGAGCUUUCUCAGCACUUCCGUCGAGGUUGCUCAGGACUCGAUUCCCACCCAGAUUUUACUCCAGAGUUACUCACGGUCCGGGCGGGGGCUUUACUCAGCUCUUACUCCACAGUUCCUCAGUCCCUGCUCAGAGCUGACCCCAGGCUCCGGGAGACCUUUACUCCAAGUUUACUCCAAGUUUACUCCAAGUUUACUCAGCCUCUGAGGGACUCAGGACCUCCAGGCAGAACUUACUCCGGAUUUACUCCCACGGCUCCUCGCUCCCCUCCCCCCUUCCUGCAUUUCCUUUGUCGCUACUCACACUUUACUCCAGGUGUCCGAUCCUCUCUGCUCCGCGCUUACUCCGCCCUUACUCAGCCCCGCCCUUGCCCUGAGGUUGCUCAGCCUUUACUCGGAGGUUCCUCUGCCUUUACUCAAAGGUUACUCGGCCUUUAUUUGGAGGUUAUUCCGCUCUUACUCAGACGUUGCUCAGCCUUUACUCCGAGGUUACUCAGCCCUUACUCUGACACCACUCGGCCGCCACUUCUCACUUGUCCCCACGCUGGGGCUGAGCAGUCGCUACUCCAGAGUUCCUCACACUUUACUCCGAGGAGGCAUUUUACUCCACAGUUCCUCACACUUUACUCCAAGGGGACGUUUUACACCAGGGUGAAGUUUUCCUCCAGGGUUACUCACGCUUUACUCCAGGGAGACAUUUUCCUCCGGGAUUACUCACGGUUUGCUCCGAGGUGUUUUACUCCAGGCUUACUCAGACUUUACUCCGGGUUUACUCAGACUUUACUCCAGGCUUACUCAGACUUUACUCCGGGUUUACUCACAGCCCGCCCACCGGGGACACUUCUCCACGCACCGGCUACUCCUGGGUUACUCCCCCUUUACUCCGAGGUUCCCCUCCAGCCUCACUCAGGGCCGCCCCUCCCCCCCCCCGCCCCUCCCUCCCCUCCCCCACCCUGGAGGGGGGCGGGGCUUUUACCCGCGGGGGGAGGGGUCCCCGCGGCCCCUCCCCCACCCACAGCGCCCCGGGGGAGGGGGAGGGGAGCGGCGUGA